AUGGUGAUCGCUAAGUUGCUGGCCUGUGCGCUGUCUUGGCCGCUGCUUGUGACCCGAGCUCUUGAAGAUGUGAUGCCAGCUGAUGAUGAGUGCGCAUCCCCUGAAUGCGCGCUUCAAGCCUUGCAGUCUCGCGCCAAGACUGUUAAGCAAGGCAGCGACGAAGGCGUGUCUGUGGGUUUUGCAGCCGUCCCGGGCGUCUUCGAUGAUGACAUUGAUGGCCUGCUACCGGAUCCUGACGAGACAGAGGGAGACGAGGAGGACACGGAGGACGAAGAGCCAGCAGGCCCGGGCCUAUGUGGUGGGCAGACCUACGACCAUUCCAAGGAAGGAUGCUGUGGCAAUGUGCUUUUCGAUCUCACCACUCAGAGCUGCUGCGGCACCGACAUCUUCGAAAUCAAGGGCGAGGACUGCUGCAACCAAACCGAAGUCUACAACACCACAGCCCAGGGCUGCUGCAAUCACAAGCACAUCUUCAAUCUUGGCGAAGAGUACUUGACCUUUGGGCUAAAAUGCCUGGCUCCCGUCAAGCCACCAUGGAACACUCAUUUUGAUUGCUCAGAAGAGUGGCCACCCGCGAACUACGCCGAGACGUGGAAACGCUACUGCGCCGCCAGGAGAGCAGGAAGGCACAUGGCCUGGGCAAUGACCCCGUCCUGUGAAGUGGGCUGGUUGUCAGUGGUGCAGAGGACGCAGGAAGAUGCAAAAAUGAAGGCCAAGUCUCAAUGCCAAACACGGGCCAAUGCCUACAACAAAGAGACCUGCUACAUCUUCGACUUUGAUGCCAAGUCCUGUUUUCGCCAGCGCUGUGGCACAACGCUCUAUGACGCCACCAUGAUGGGUUGUUGCAACGGAGAGGUUUUCGAUUUGCGGACGCAUGCCUGUUGCUCAGGCCGUGUGUACGAAACCAAGACAACUGGCUGCUGCAACGGUAAGCUGUACCAAAAGGAGCCUCGAAGAUGUUGUGGCGGGAAGCACCUUUUCAACAGCAAAACUCACGGCUGUUGCCUGGAAAAGGGGCCCCAAGUUUUCCGUUUUGGAAAGCAGAAUUGCUGCGCUGCUCCAAGCGGCAUCUGCAAGAUCCCCAAAGGCGUGGAAUCAUGUUGCACGAGAGAAGGAAAAUGGGGAUGA